GCAUAGAAGUGAGGAUAUAACCGCUCAUGCAGAGACAGCGCUUAUACUACAGUCCAGAGCAGCAGCUGCAAAGACUUGAGUUACUUCUGUGCAGAGCAUCAGUGAUUAAUCUGCAAAAAUGUCCGACAAACCAGAUAUGGCUGAAAUUGAGAAAUUUGACAAGACUAAAUUGAAGAAAACAGAAACGCAAGAGAAAAAUCCACUGCCUUCAAAAGAAACAAUUGAACAGGAGAAGCAAGCGGGUGAAUCGUAAUGAAAUCUGCCCUUCCAAAUUAUGCACUGUACAUUCCACAAGCAUUGCCUUC